GCCCUUGCCCUUGCUUGCCCUCUUCACUCCCCUCUAUAUUAUAUCUUCAUUUCUCAUCUCAUAUCCAUCAAAGCUAUCGAAACAAAAAAAAAAGGACCAAGCAUUAGAUUGAUAUAGUAAAGAUGUCGUCAACUGAUUCAUCUCGAGAGGAAAAUGUAUACAUGGCUAAGUUGGCUGAGCAGGCCGAGCGCUAUGAGGAAAUGGUAGAGUUCAUGGAAAAAGUUGCAAAAACUGUCGAUGUGGAGCUGACUGUAGAGGAAAGGAACCUUCUCUCCGUGGCUUACAAAAAUGUCAUCGGGGCUAGGAGGGCUUCGUGGAGGAUCAUCUCUUCUAUUGAGCAGAAAGAAGAGAGCAGAGGAAAUGAGGAUCAUGUUGCAUCCAUCAAGGAGUAUAGGGCCAAGAUUGAAGCCGAGCUCAGCAAGAUAUGUGAUGGGAUUUUGAGUCUUCUUGAGUCUCACCUCAUUCCUUCAGCUUCAUCUGCCGAGUCCAAGGUGUUUUACCUAAAAAUGAAGGGUGAUUAUCACAGGUAUCUUGCUGAGUUUAAGACCGGUGCUGAGAGGAAGGAAUCCGCCGAGAGUACUUUGUUGGCUUACAAGUCUGCUCAGGAUAUUGCUCUUGGUGACCUAGCACCUACUCACCCGAUUAGGCUGGGACUUGCUCUUAACUUCUCUGUUUUCUACUAUGAAAUCCUAAACUCACCUGAUCGUGCUUGCAAUCUCGCAAAACAGGCUUUUGACGAGGCUAUAUCUGAGUUGGAUACAUUGGGUGAGGAGUCCUACAAGGAUAGUACAUUGAUCAUGCAACUACUUCGAGACAAUCUGACCCUUUGGACAUCUGACAUCACGGACGAAGCUGGAGAUGAGAUCAAGGAAGCUUCGAAACCCGGGUCAGGCGAGGGACAGCAGUGAUGAGUGAAGUUCGUAUGAUAUGUAGUUUAUGUUGCAGGAUUUACUUCUACAUAGAUGCAAUUUGGGCUGUUGUAGAAGGUUCCUUAUCUAUAUACAUUCAUCAGCACUUGGAGUUGAAAUGUUUUACUUUCCAAGGAAUUAUUGCUAUUAUUAUUAUUAUUGGACAAGAAUUUGGUUUCGUUUGGUUUCAUGUUGUAAUGCUAGAAUCGAGUUAUUGAAUGUUA